AACCGCACAGUUGUUUUGCUAAGAAGUUACAAGCAUGCAACGCCAAUUCACCUCCGGCAGUCGCCAAGCGCCUGAUCCAUUUGAUCAAUUCUUGGAGGAAAAUAACUUCUAUCGCAAGCAUACCGCCCGCGAUGCCUCCUGCUUGUUUCGUGUUAUUUCGGAACAAAUGUAUGACACCCAACUGCAUCAUUUAGCUAUACGCAAAAAAUGCGUACGCUAUAUGCGUAAACAUCGGGACUUUUUUGCACCGCUCAUUGACCGGGAUUUGGACGAGUAUCUUGACGAUAUGUCGAAGCCCAAAACAUAUGGCACUUUGAUCGAACUGCAGGCAGUUGGUUAUAUGUUCCAACGUAAUGUGUUACUAUUUGAGCCCUUCAAUUUGGGAAACUUCUAUAGUUCUCGUUCUUACUUUAAUGACGUUUUUCGAGUUUUCUAUACACCAGAAAGGCAUUUCGAUUCGGUAUUUACGUGCGACUAUAUCAAAGAUGCCGCAAUCUGCCAGGCAAUAUGUUAUGAAAUCUUAUACAAGGAUUUAUAUAAAUUACCGGAUGUUGCAUUUGCCGUUGAGCAUAUGCUCCACUCGCCGACAUUGGAGUCUAUGGAAUACACUUCUGAAAGUAAUGAGAAUGGCUACUGCACUCGUAUACAUUUAACUGAUGGGCGUGUCUUUAAUUUCGAUCUGCCGCACGAAACCAAUUGCAUUUUGGAAAAUUAUGAACUUUGUCAUUUUCAUUAUACAAACUUUCCUCGUUUAUCUGAUGACUUGCAUCGCGAAAUGAAGAUACACACACACUGCGACGACUAUGAAAAGACAUUGUGCAAAACUGCAGAAUCAUUAUUGCCACACAAGUAUAUAUCGUGUGUGCGACAAUUGUUACAGGAAGGUAUCACACCAUUUCCCUAUAAAGUUGCAAAAGCAUUGGAUCCAAAUAUGUAUCGCAACAUUGAGUUUGACGCGUGGAAUGAGCAACGCAAAGAGCAAAAAUUACAAAACUGGUAUAACGGUGAUACGAAUUUUAAGUUGAUACGCUGCCAGCAAACACGAGUUCAUAAAAUCUUCCAGGUGGGAGCCAAAUGUCAUGUGAAGCUAUGCAAAUCCGAAAACGAUGUAUACACUUGUCAUAUACAAGAGAUUGCAGUUGACAAAGGCUACUGCAUUGUAUUUAUCGAACAAUUAGGCGAAAAGCGUCUGGUUCCGUACGAUUCGCUUACUCCACUGCCACCGGAUCAAUUUAAGCCAUGGACCUUGCCAUAUCGCUUUCAGCGUCAUAUGCAGAAAUAUAGCUCGGUGCGUCUAACACGUCAUUACAAUUAUCGCUUCAAACUCAAUGGCCAAAUCGCUCAAGAUCGUAAUUAUUGUACACCCUUAUCGCACAAUGGUAAGGCAUCGGAUUAUGAAGCAGGAAUCACAGGAGGUGAUGCCGACAAAGAAGACAAACAAAAUUAUGCAGCUCCGACUGCACAUCAUCGCAAUGGGUGCUAUUACAAAUUGAAGCAAUAUACCCACUUUGAAAAUUUCCGUGCACAUACUGUUGAAUAUUGUGCUAUGCCACUGACGGUGGAGCAUGCGCCACGUGAUAUCGAAACGAAAAGUGGCAGUGCCACUACAACGCCUUCUAACGAGAAUAAUAGUAAUGUUGCGCAGCAUGCUGCUAUACCUGAGACACGCAUUAAAACCGAACAAAAUGUAUCACAGCGCAAUUGUGCACCGGAAGAAAUGAUGGGCAACUUUAAUACCAUAGAACAAUCGGCUGGCAUUGGUGCACCAGCAUUUAUUCUCCCCGACUUUCAUUACUUAUAUCCUGUGCCACAGUAUGGCGCCAUGCCUGAGGAAUAUUAUGCAUAUGGCUAUGACCCUGCGAUGCAUCCACCAGGCACAGCGCUUAUGCCAACUGGUUAUUACAUGUAUCCUCCACCAGGUGCACCGGCAACAGCUUUCGCACAUGCGCCGAAUAACAUUUACAUGCAAGCAGCACCCCCCCUACCACCGCCACUCAUAACUGCUGCCGCGCCACAUCCACAUGCUGCUGCAGUUGCACACAGUGUCGGUAGUGGUCCAUUUUAUCAAACAAAUCCGUCUUUCGGGAGCGGUACCCUAGGAAAUGCCAUUGACCCCAACUCGAUGCAAAAUAAUGCAGCACAAAUUUAUGAAACACCCAUUACUCGUAAUCGUGGAGGUAGGCAAACGCCAAAUAUACAUACACCGCUAAGCGGGCGUAUUAAUUGGGAUGCAAAGAAAUCGGUUGAGCCGAGUGGCAUAGAUUUGCCUACCGAUGUGCCCACUCUGCGCCACUUUUACAACUUGGGUUUGGACUAUCAUCUCACGCAGUUGAAGCGUAGUAAUGAAGAUGGCAAGGCAAAAGUAAAUGGUGGAAAACUGGCAUCGAAAGGGACGGGUGGAAAUCACAAUGAAGACAACAUGCAAGAGAGCAAGUCGGAUGCUAACAACAACAGCAUGCCAAAUUUAAAUGCACAGAAUUCCAAUCCAAAUGCUAACAAUGGUAUACAUAGUGCUUCACAUUCGUCUUCCGCUGCCCAAAAUCAACAUUUCAUUAGUAGUGGAUCGGGCAGCGGCGUCAAUAGUGGUUCCGGCAAGGGCGGUCACAUGCAUAGACGCUUUCCGGCGCGCUAUUUUAACAGCAACAAGGAGCGACCGCUGUUUUUGCGCAACCAAAGCAACAACAAUAACAAUAGCACCACAAACAACAGUAACACAUCUGCUGGGCAGAAUCUAAAUAAUCAUAAUCAAAAUGAUUAUAACAACAAUAAUUCUCAUAUUGGUGGAGGUGUAAACUGUAAGUUUACUAAUACACAAAAGACUAAUAACGUUGGACAAAAUAGCUCGAACCGUAGUGCUACGCCAAAUUCGUCACACAGUCAUACAUCGUUACAAAAUACAAAAUCAAUGAAUACAAACAUUGGAAGUGGUGGCGUUAGCAGCAGUGCUACUGCUUCGCUUGCAGUUUCUGUUGCGGAGCAUGGUAUGCCAUCGCCGCAUGUAAACUCUGACAAUCCUACGAGUGGAAAUGGGGCGCACAACGGAACUAAUGCCGGGAAAAUGCAAACUCCGACGGCACUCGCACCUUACCAAGCGCCACACGCGAACGCCAUGGUGACUGCCGCUUAUAGCCCAUAUGGUGAGUUUAACGGUGAUUCGCCAAUGUCCAUUGUCCAGCCAACCACGGCUGCUGGAGGCGGCAUUUUCCUACAUAUGCCGAUGCCAGCGCCUGCACAUUCUUUUGGUAUUUACGCACCGCCACCACCACCACCACCCACUACCAUGGGUAUGCACCCGACGCCUACAUCAACAUCAACGUCAUGCACGGCUUUAUCUUAUCCGCCACCACCUAAUGGUGGACCACAAUUCAUUGCGUCACCAUCAGAUGCAGUAAAUACCAUUAAUAUGACACUACACAGACCAUCGUCGAACGGUUUCUAUCCAACGGCAGCUGAGCUGUCAGCCGCUGAGGCAGUUGGUGCGAUACACGGCAGCGACGGAUUACAAUUUCAAUGUAUACCGUACGCUGGUGGAGCACCACCUCCACCGAUGCCAUUUUAUUACGCACCUGGCACAGCUGUAUCGGCUGGCGGUCUACAUAUGAAUGGUAUUGCAACGGUACCGCAACCGUCGUCACAGGCUGCAGCAGGUACUGCUGGUGGCGGCGGCGGUGGUGCCUGUGCGAAUACAGGCAUGCCAAAUGGACCGGUGGGACCACAGGGGUAUUGGUGCCAACCGCCGCCAAAUGCUUUGCUACCUUUGCCCAAAUCCGCGCCUCAAAUUAAUGGUGCAGGCGGCAGCGGCAAUACUACACCUAAUGUGAAUGUAAACACCACAAGUAACCGAUCACGUGACAACAAAUAAGAACAUAAUUUUUUAUUUAAAAGACCUCAGGUAAUCUUUUAAAUACUACUUAAAGUAUUGUACGUAUUAACUCGACAAAUUUCUUUACUUCACUAUAAAAAAAAAGGUGAAGGGUGCGAAGCGAGUGCGGUAUAACUUAUGUAUAGCAAAAAUAAGCUAUAAUCGGUGAACUCACAAUGUUUUUUUGUGGCUUCGAUCGAAAAUGAGAUCUUUUUUAUUCAAAUUUUAAUUACAAUUCGUAGGAAUUUCCCUUUAGCGCGAAUUUUGCUUUGCUCACAAAUCAAGAUCGAUUAAAUAUGUAUGCAUCAUGCGUUAGUAUUAUUUAUAGGCUAUGAAUAUUUUCGUAUUUUGCCAUUUUUUUAUAAAAAAAAAGUACUAGCCAGUAUAAUAAUGUCAUUGUAAAGGCGUCGCUAACGCAUUUUUAUUCGAUGUCCAUUCGUAACAGUUUUGUUUUUGAAGCUUAAUAUUUAAAAAUAUUUGUAAUAAUAAAUAUUUUAUGUAUGUAUACAUAUACUAAAUUGCACACAUACACAACAAAACUUAUUUAUUACUCAAAUCAACCACUUCUCAAAACUUUACCUAAAUUACGCAAACCAUUUCAUAUUUAAAAAUAUUGCUAUUAAUUUUUAACAAAGUUAUUUAGACUAAUAUCGUUUAUCGUAAACUCGUUUUUUACCUCACCCAAAUAUGCCUUUAAAAAGUAUGUAGUUUUUAAGCUCCAUUUGCUUAGCAUAUUCAAUAAUUAUAUGUCCAGCAAUUCAUUAUUUUUUAUUAUACUUAACAACCAAUGCAAUCGCAUAAUUGUUAACGGUACAAUUUUUGCCACCCAUUUACAUUUGUCUUA